AGCAAUAUCUGGUUGAUUGUUUUUGUGUCUGGACCGUCUACCGCCCGACCACUUACCUGUGCUGCUCGUAUCUUGCAUACUUUGUUACCUUUGUCAGUCCUCGAUACCGAUCUGUCGCGAAAACAUAGAAAUAUACAUCAACACUCACGCGAGGCAAAGUAAUUGGUAAUAAAAUCCCCCUGAGAUCAGCGCCCGCAAGGUUCUAGUGCCAUGACAGCGCCCCCACAGACUCCUCUUGGCUACAGCCACGACCCCCCUUCAGGACACAAAACACACUUCUGCAUCUCAUGCCAGUUCCCAAUAGCAGUGUACGCAAGACUCUACCCUUGCCUUCAUACGUACUGCCUGGGAUGCGCGACGGACAUGGCAACGUGUUUCAUAUGCCAUGCCAACAUUGCGCGUUUGGAACGGAUACCCAAGUCGAGAGAGCACAAGAUGUUCAUCUCACCCCUGACGUUGCAGAGCUUUAAAAGUGAGGAGGACCUGGCCACGCACACCCGACGCGCCCACCAUCAGCUGCUCAGCUCCGAAGCCAUCCGCAAUUCGGGCCGCCCCAAACAGCCGCAGCAGCAACAGCAGCAGCAGCAGGACGCCGCCGCUGCGGCAGCUCACCAGCAACAGCUGCCAUCCCAGCAGCAGCAGCAGCAACAACAACAACAGCAGAUGCAGCAGCAACAGCAGGCGCAGCAGCAGCAACAGCGGAUGGAGCAUGGGGCCCAGCACCACCACCAGCAGCAGCAACCGCAGCAACGACAGCAACAGCAGCCGCAGCAGCAGUUCCCUCCACCGCCACGUGUGCCGCCACCCCAGCCGCCGCCGCAUCCGCCACCCAUGCAAAUUGCAUCUCCGCAGUCAAACUCCCAGCAGCAGCAACAACAACAACAACAACAGCAGCAGCAACAGCAGCUAGCCCUGCAGAUGCAGGGCAUUGCUGCGGGAAUGGCCCCCCAACAGGCCGCAGCGGCUGCGGCCAUGCUCAACGCGCUGACGGGCGGACAGCACAUGAUGCCUGGGGCGGCAGCGGCACUGGGGAUGCAGCAGAUGCAGGGCAUGUUGGGGAUGCAGGGCAUGCAAGGAAUGCAGGGUAUGGGAGGGCUGCAAGGCCAGAUGGGGAUGCAGGGGCCCAUGGGGAUGCAGGGCACGGGAGGGAUGCCCACAGGCAUGCCCAUGCCAUUCCCCUUCCAGUAGAACGCGCUAGAGCCGUGGCUUGGGGGUUUCUGGGUUAAGAGGUUAAAGCGCUUUGUUCGAGUGCUUGCGUUGCCGCCUGAUGGGUGUGGUUAGGGCAAGAGAAGCGAGAAGUGAAGUGGUGCCAUACGUUGUUGUUGUUGUUAACCGGCAAGGCGGUUGCCCGUACGUCGGUGGAAACCCCGCUGCGGAAGCGGCUGAGGUCAAAAGGGAGGCGCAGUCGAAGUGCCGUGGAGGUGGUGCGGAAGGGCAGCAAUGGUAGUGCGGAAGGUUCCAAGGGAGGCGCCCACAUCGCGACAUGGGACAUGCCUGACCAGCUAAGAGCGCCCGUAUGGGGUGAACGUGUGAGGGUGUCAUCAGCCCGCUCGGGGCCUAGCAAGCUAAUUUACGAAGGGAAGACACGAGCGGGCGGAUGGGAUGGUAUGUUUGAUUGGUUGGCAUGGUUGGCUUCUUCCGCCUGGACGGGAUGGCCUCCUCUGCGUUGAGGAUGUAACAUCAUCCAAACGA